AUGGAGGCAAAACUAUUGGUCCUGCACACCGCCGGCCAAUAUAUAAACCCGCUGCCAUCCCCCAUCUUUUCUCCAUCAACACCUACACACACCUCAUAUAAUACAUCCAUAAUGGCCAGACAAAGAAGAUCCGCUCCUGUUAGAUCGCAGUCCAGAUCCGCCCACACCGCUGCUGCUCCAGCCGCCGCUCCUCCUCAGGCCCACUACCCACCAGCCGUUUCUCAACCACAAGCCAGCCAAGGCCCUGGUCUCUUCGCCAACAUGGCAUCCACCGCCGCCGGUGUUGCUGUUGGUUCCACCAUCGGCCACACUUUGGGUGCUGGUAUCACCGGCAUGUUCAGCGGUGGAUCCUCUUCUGCUCCAGUUGAGCAGCAGCAGGUUGCACAGAGCCAACAAUACCAACAACAGGCCAAGACAUGUGAUGGCGACGCCAGAACCUUCACCAGAUGUUUGGAGGAGAACGGUGGUGAUAUGCAAAUCUGUGGCUACUACUUGCAACAGUUGAAGGCUUGUCAAGAAGCUGCUCGUCAAUACUAG